UGCAGAUCUUUUUGGUGGUCUGUCCUUUUCCAGCCAGGACUGUGUGGCAAGCAGAAGCCACCCUCUCUCCUCUCUUUCUUCCUCCUUUCUUCUUUGUCCUCCACCACUUACCCUCCUAUCCACUGCCAUGGAUCCCAAAGCACUGAAGGAAGAACUGCGGCUGUUCCAAAGCACGCUGCUGCAGGACGGCCUGAAGGAGCUGCUGAACGAGAACAAGUUUGUGGACUGCACUCUGAAAGUGGGUGACCGCUGCUUUCCAUGCCAUCGCCUCAUUCUGGCCGCAUGCAGCCCCUACUUCAGAGAGAUCUUCUUCUCUGAAGAUGGAAAGAUCAAAGAAGACCUCAAAGAGGUCGCCGUGGAUGACGUUGACCCCAAUGUUCUGGACAUGAUCAUUAAAUACCUCUACUCUGCUGAAAUCGAGCUGACCGAUGACAAUGUUCAGGAGAUAUUCGCAGUCGCUAACCGCUUCCAGAUUCCCUCUGUGUUCACGGUUUGUGUGAACUAUCUGCAGAAGAAGUUGUCCAUGGUCAACUGCCUGGCCAUCUUCAGGCUCGGCCUGAUCCUCAACGUGCCCAGGCUAGCCGUAUCUGCCCGCGAUUUUAUUGCGGAUCGCUUCGAAAGCCUGAUGGACGAAGAGGAAUUCCUGCAGCUGGCGCCUCAUGAACUCUUUGCCCUCAUUGGUGGAGACAUGCUGAACGUGGAGAAGGAGGAAGUGGUGUUCGAGUCGCUAAUGAAGUGGGUGCGAAGCGACAAGGAGAAGCGUGUCAAGUCUCUGGGUGAAGCCUUCGAAUUCAUCCGCUUCCGCCUCUUACCGGAAAAGUACUUCCAAGAGAAAGUAGAAAACGAUGACAUCAUUAAGGCCGAUCCAGAACUCCUGAAGAAACUGCAGGUCAUCAAAGAUGCCUUCAAAGGGAAACUUCCCGAGAUGAAAAAGAAGGAGAAGAAGGAAGGAGAGGUGAAUGGAGAAGAAGGAGGAGAGGAGGAAGAAGAAGAGAUGUUGCCAGGUUUCCUGAACGACAACCGCAGGCUAGGGAUGUAUGGGCGUAAUUUAAUCCUCAUGAUUAAUGACACAGCGGCGGUGGCGUAUGACGUGGUAGAAAACGAAUGCUUCCUGGCGGCCAUGGCCGAACAAGUGCCCAAGAACCACAUCAGCCACUGCUCCAAGAGGAACGAGCUGUUUGUCAUUGGUGGUCUGUUCGUUGACGAAGACAACAAAGAAGCACCACUCCAGUGCUACUUCUACCAGUUGGACAGUCUUACAUCUGAUUGGGUAGCACUGCCACCCAUGCCAAGCCCAAGAUGCCUCUUUGGUUUGGGUGAAUAUAAUGGUCUGCUGUUCGCUAUCGCUGGUAAAGACCUGCAGACCAACGAGUCCCUGGAUUCUGUAAUGUGUUACGAUACUGAGAAGAUGAAAUGGAGCGAGACAAAGAAACUUCCACUCCGCAUCCACGGCCAUUCAGUAGUCUCACAUAAUGGCCUGAUUUAUUGCAUUGGAGGCAAGACAGAUGAUAAUAAAGCUUUAAACAAGAUGUUUGUGUAUAACCACAAGCAGUCUGAGUGGAGGGAGAUGGCCAGUAUGAAGACGGCCAGAGCGAUGUUUGGAGCUGUUGUUCACAACGGGAAGAUCAUUGUAAUCGGAGGAGUUAAUGAGGAAGGUCUGACUGCUGGAUCUGAAACCUACGAUAUUGGAACCAACAAGUGGGCUGAGUUCACAGAGUUCCCUCAGGAACGCAGCUCAGUAAACAUCAUAAGCAGUGAGGGAAGUCUGUAUGCUGUUGGGGGCUUCGCCAUCGUGGAGUUGGAAAACAAAGAAUUUGGACCCUCUGAAAUCACAGACGUUUGGCAAUAUGACGAUGGGAAGAAGCAGUGGAGCGGAAUGUUGAGAGAUCUGCGUUAUGCGUCUGGAGCCUCUUGUGUUGCGAUGCGUCUGAAUGCAGCUCGGAUGCCCAAGCUCUAAACUCAGCGCUCCUUUCCAACUGUCCUGUCCUUAUGUACAUUAACCUCAGAGCCCAGCUGUCUGCAGACUCCGCCCACUCAUGUGCCUUAGACCAGCGCUGUCUUAACCACAAAGAGCCGGUGUUGUGCCCAAUUCAGCACCCCCACCAGGAAAAGCACCGCCUCGCGGAUUAUCUCAUCUUUAGUCAAGAAGACGGUGCCUUUGCUGAAUUCGGCACAACACCGGCAUGGCUGCGGGUUUUCAUCUGACUCCACUUGUCAUAAUAGUUCUGUUAUUAACUUCCAAUGUAACUAUACAAUAUACUUUAUGUGUUAGGGAUGAGCAAUAUAAAAUAAAAAAAUAUAAAAUUAAUAUCCUUCAAAUUAAAAUUUUUGCAUAAACAAAUAUAUUACUUUCAUAAGUAGAGUCAAAUAUGCAAACUACUGACUCUUUACAUUAAUUUUCAAGAGUCAAAACUGUCCAAGCACAUUAAUGGUAUUGUAUAUAAGCCAAUAUAAAGCAAAAGUUUAUAUUUGUUUUUUAAGCAUAGCAAGCAGCUCACUUAAACCGUACAAUUAGUUUUGAAACUGAACAAAGUGCAAUAUUCUCCUUAUAUUUCAGUUAAGAAAAUGUGGAAAAUAUGAAAAUCACUGCCACACAAAAGAGUCCUUUACAGGUUUAUUAGAAGUUCAUUGUGCAAUAAAUGUGUGUAACUGCAAAAUCAUACUAUUAUAUUAUCAGUAUACCAGAGGCAUACAAUUUAAAUAAUAUUGUUUAUCACAAUUCUUUCUGAGACAAUAUAUCAUGCAAACUAAAAUCACAUAUUGACUGCUACUGAUUGGCAGGAAUGAAAACCUGCAGCCAAACACUGUCUCUUUGUUGAAAAAAUUGGACACCCCUGCCUUAGAAUAAUUAAAAUAUUUUUUUUCUGUUACUAAUGAAAGAUUAAAACACUUGUGUAUGUAUGUAGUUUUAUGUACAUUUGACAUAUACUAACAUUUCUGUUUAUUUUAAGAUUUUUUUGACAGUUCUGCUCAGUGUCAUUCAGGCCUCAGGGUGUUUUUUUUUUAAGUAGUUUACAUAGAAACAUAUUUUGCGGCACAUUUGGUCCAGCUAUACAUAGGUAUUUGUGGGGAUUUUUUUGUUUUGUAAAUUAAGCAUUUUUAAACCACAGAUUUUGCUGCUUUGUUUUGGGCUUCUUUGAUUUUCUGAUCUAAAAAAAGACCAGUCAUUCAUGUGAGUCCAAAAUAUACAUCCUUUUUUUAUAAGUCAUGCCCUGUGUUUUGGAAAAUUGAAAUAAAAUGUAAUAUUGAA